AUCACGUUAAGCAAAGAUAACUCAAUAUGGUACGUUUUUGAGAGGGAGGGGAGGGGCCUGUUUGAAACGGCAGCAGAACGUUGUGUGAAGAGCCCUGGUUUAUGGCCGCUGCACUCCGAAGCUGUGGGUUUUGAAAUCAGUGUUACUUCAAAUGGUGAGUAUGUAAAGGAACUAUAUUUUAAAUUCGACAUUUCUGAUAAAAAGAAACUUUUCACUGAGGUUGACUCAGCUCGGAACAACGUCAGGUCUUUCUCACAAGCAUCUCGAGUGCGUGUGAUGGAUGAGGAGAAGUUGAUCAACGUGAGAUUAUAAAGAAUCUAUAGUCAUCAUGAAACGUUGUCAACUUUCUUCGUUUGAACGUCUUUAAUAUAAACAAAACAUCAGUCACAGAGGUCUUACUUCAGCCGCGGUGCUUCAUUUAGCGUGCUAAAGGUAGCCAACUCUUUUUUUAUCGGUUCACAGUUUAUAGCGUUAGCACAUUCCCCCAUGCCGCGUUUUUCGCCACCACGCCUCUCGUUGAGUCGUUGUGUAGCAGUAAUACAGUUAUUACAGCCGAGGCUGAUAAAUGUUUUGCAGUAGAGUUUACAGAACAGAAGUGCAGCUGUUGAGCUAAAACUUUUUUUUUUUUUUUAACAGGAUCUUUUGAAGAUGCAGUGGAAGUGAUUCUUUGAGAGCUUUGCAGUGGACAAGUUUUGCAGGUUCUGCAUGGCGGCAAGAAGAGAGAUCCAAGACAAAGAGAUGACUGCACACCAGAAGAUGACCUUGAGGGUCAUUCUCACAGAGGCAGAUAUAAGAAAGGUCACCCUGAACACAAGGCCUGCUACCAUGGAGGAUUUAAUAUGCAAGCUUAAAGAAUCACUGGGACUUGAUUACAACUGCAGUCUCCAGUACAAAGAUCCUGAAUUCAAUUACGAGCUGUGCAAUCUCACAGAUAUUGAAGAUCUUCCAGAAAAACCAACGGUAAAAGUCAUUCCUCUACUUGAGCUGGUACCUGUCUCAACACCUGAUGAAAUUUUGAGUGACACACAGAGUACAGCAGAUACAGAAGUCCUCUCACACUCAUCCCAGGACCGACAGACACCAUGGCCAGAACUAUUUUCUAUCCCAGCCUUUUCUGUUGAUGUAAACUAUAGACUAAGACAGGCAGAUCUACUGUAUCUUAGGGACGGAACACACCUAAAAGUAACAAAAGAGCUAAAACAUGUGAUCCUUGAAAGUUUGGCAGAGAGUAUGUAUAGCUACACAGCAUACCCAAAUAAUGCUCAGUUUGAAAGUGUUGCAGCAGCACUGAUAAGUAAGCACCCCUGUCUCCAGGAACGAGGCUCCACCAAUCACUAUAAUGGUUGGAAAAACAGCCUAAAAUACAAAAUGGCUAACUACAGAACAAAGUGUAGAAGAUCAGGCUGCCUUGAUGUUGCGGUAAAUGCAGGUAAACGGGGAGGGCAUUCAGCAGAAGGCGAACAAGCUAACAAGAAUAUCAAGAAGGCCAAGAAAGGCGAGCUUAACUACUUACCCAACUAUCCUGAGGGAUUUGAUCAGUCAGGCCUUGAGGGUGCCCGCAAGCAAUUGAUUGAUGAAAUGCAGAAGAGAACUCCAGAUGGACAAUGUAUAAAACAGAAGAUGGAUGUGACAUUUGCAUUGAGAAGAAAAGAGGUAGUGGAAUCUGAACCUGCCAUAAGCAAGAUUUUGGAAUGCUGGCCUGCUCUUUUCACGGAAGAUCAGGUGUACAUGGAGUUCAACAGGAUUGUGGGCAAGAACCUCAAGCAAGAGUUCUAUGAAAGCAUUGAUCAGCACAGUCUUCGUCUCAUUGAGAUAUUUCAAUCUAAGAGAGGGAACAUUGGGCAGCUUUUGUCACAGCUAUCACAGCAGACUAAGACCAAAGAGCCAACUGACAUUCGGACACUGGUGCUCAGAGGGCUUCCUAUUGUCCUUGGGGACAGUCCCGCAGACUUCUACAAAGAAUGCUCUGACUCUGAUGACUCAUUCUGCCACCUUGACGUUGCUUUGCUCUCCCCAUCCCCCCACCUCAGGCCAGCCUCUCUAAAGAUCAUUAUUGAGGGAGAGGUUGUGAUGGACAACAUUCAAGACCUGCCAAAAGCUAUGUGCAUUCUGUUUGGACUUACUUACGCCCUGCAUCUCAACUAUCCCAAAUCAAUGAGGAACACAUUCCAGUUCAUCCAACAGGUUCUCCUUUCACUGGGCCACAAUGAACUAAAACCCAGAUUACAAACUCUGAAAAACCAGCUUGCACUGUAAGUAAUUGCUAUGGCUAAUAGCAAUGGCUAAGGUUAAUGUGAGAAGGCAUGGCUGCUUGUUUUUUCAGUGACUUUUUCCCCACUACAGCCUUGUGUCUCUUUAUUCAUUGUUACUGUCCGUUCUUUGACACCAAUAGCACUAACAACCCUUUAAAAUGUUUGUUAAAAUACAAUACAAAUGUCCUUUUGUCACAAGUGAUAAAAAAGGAAAUGUUAAACAGUUUUGUUAGAUUUUGUAUUGUGACAACUGAUUGAAGUUUGUUGUGGGAUGGGAAUGUCCAGCCACUUGUGUUCUACAAUUCAGGAUGUAGAAAUUUUUUCUCAGGACUGCAUAUUAGUGUUCAGGUGACUAGAUAAACUUAACACAGUUCAUCAGUCAAGUUGAUGUUUUAACAGCUUGUAUCAAGUUUUAAUGUAUGGUUUAAAGUGUUUAUCUUGUUAAAUGCUGUGCAUACGGGUUCUGAAAACAAACAAAACAAAUUACCAAGCAGUUUUAAUGCCUGUUUUUACUUUUACUUGGUUGACAAAUUUGUUAUUGACUCGGCAACACAUGAGAACUGCAACAUUUUGUCAAUAAAAUACAUU